AACCUAACUAUCGAUUUCAUAGCCAAGCAAGAUAGACUUCGAUAGAAAGUAUGCGAUUGAUUGUUUCACUGUGAAUUAUUAUGAACACUUUCAAGCAAUUAUUUAUUAUUACAUUUAUGAAUUAACUAUCUUCUUUAUUUCAUAUUUGAACCAUUGUAAUAACAAAUGGUUUAAUAAAUAAUAUUACAUGAUAAAGAAUUAAUUAAAGCGUUUACAAGAGACAUGGUUUUAACUAAAGAAUAUCGAAUAUGUAUGCCUCUAACUACAGAAGAGUAUCGUAUUGGACAACUUUAUAUGAUAGCAAGACAUAGUCACGAACAAUCAGAUUCUAAUGACGGUGUUGAAGUUAUUGAAAAUAUUGAAUGCGAAGAUCCUGAACAUGGAAAGGGUCAAUAUACAGAAAAAAAAAUUCACCUGUCUAGUAAACUUCCUUAUUGGGUUCAAUCAAUUAUACCAAAAAUAUUUUAUGUCACAGAAAAAGCUUGGAAUUAUUUUCCAUUUACCAUGACAGUAUAUACUUGUUCCUUCAUGCCUAAAUUUAAUGUAUCGAUAAAAACCAGAUACGAGGAUAACAAUGGUUCUACGGAAAAUUGUUUAGGUUUAUCUCCAAUCGAACUUAUACAUCGAGAAGUCGAUUAUAUUGAUAUUGCUUACGACGAAAUAACUGCUAAACAUUACAAAGAAGAAGAGGAUCCAAAGUUUUUCCAAUCAAGAAGAACGGGUAGAGGUCCACUAGUCGAAGGUUGGCGCGACAAUGUACAACCGAUUAUGUGUUCCUAUAAAUUAGUUAAUGCUUCCUUCGAAGUGUGGGGUAUGCAAACUCGGUUUGAAGAUUUUAUACAAAGGUGCAUAAGAGAUAUUUUACUAUUGGCUCAUCGGCAAGCAUUCGCGUGGAUCGAUGAAUGGUACGACAUGAAUAUCGAAGAUGUUAGGAAAUACGAGCAGAAAAUGCAUGCAGAGACUAAUGAAAAAAUGAGAAUGAAAAAUGAAGCGAAUGAAAAUUCACCUAAACCGGCAACCCCAUCAUCUUCGAUUCCUUCGUCACCUAAAUCACCAACGCAAUCAAAUCGAUCGUGGUUUUCGUGGUCAUAGUGGAUAUUUUCAAACAAAAGGUUUUAUCCCCUUUCAACCACAUUACUAGCUUGAUCCUGUAGCUACAGUACAAAUUGUGCAAACAACCCCUUAGCAUUUUUAUGUACAUGUGUAUAUAUAUACUACAUGCUUCAAAGAUA